GGAAGGUAACAGACGUUGGGAGGAGCCGGAGGGCGUGGUUUGAAUGUGGGGCGGGGAGGCCGCGCCCGCGUGCUGUGGUAACAGCGGUAGCAGAGGAAAGCAGUUGGGUGGAGUAAGGGGACGGAUUCCUCUUCAGAGAGGUAUAUAUAAAGCUUUUGAUUCUCUUCGGAAUAGAUGAAAAGAUCACUGGAGAAAGAAAAUGAUUGAAGUGUUUAUCUUGAAGAUUGAAAAUCCUGGCUGCUUUUGGGCCCACAUAAAAGGAGGUGGAAAGUUUGUAGACAACGAAAUGGAAUAUAAAAAACUUCAGUCUGAAAUGAAUCUGUUCUAUAAUAAAUCUUACAGAUGUGUGGAUAAUGUCAAGCCAUCUGUAUUAGAAGAAGGGCAGGUUUGUGCUGUUUAUUGUCAGGAACUGAAAUCCUGGUGCAGAGCUAUUGUUAAAUCAAUCAUAUCAUGUACAGAUUAUUAUCUUGCUGACUGUUUCCUUGUGGACUAUGCCAAGAGUGUCCCUGUGAAAACAGACAGGAUUUGUGUUGCUUUAGAAUCGUUCAUGAGACUACCCUAUAGAGCAAAGAAGUUUAAGCUACACUGUACAAAACCGGUAACACUACGUGUUGACUACUAUAGUGACAAUGCAGUGAUAGUGUUCUUUUCUAGCCCUGCUAACCGAUGGGAUAUAGCAGCCAUUCAGUACUUCCAAAACCUCCUGAAUGCAACCACCCAAGUGGAGGCCAAGUUAUGUGCUGUUGAAGAAGACAGUUUUGAUGUUUAUCUCUAUGUAACAAUAAAGGGUGAAAAGGUAUGUGUGAAUGAUGAUCUUGUUGCAAAGAACUUUGCGUGCUAUGAGGUGAUGAACAAUAAAACAUUUAAUACUGUAGAAGAUCAGAAAAGAAAAACAUUAAGUCUUGAGUCUCUUUCAGAGGAGAUCAAUCCUGCACUUGUUCUGUGGCCAAUGUUGUUGCAAGCCAAGGAACCCAAGGCUUUUGAAACAUAUGCUGAUGCUGCUUCUGAUGACUUCAAGAAAACAAAAUGCAAGAAUUUACAGGACACUGCCUCACAUAGUGAAGACACAGAGUCUGAUGUAAUGGUGGCUAUUGCUCCUUUAAAACAAGGUAUAACUGUUUCCAUGCAGGCAGAUGUACAGACAGAUGGCACCUUAUGUAAGAGAACUACUGAAAUACAGGAAAUAGAGAAAGAUCUUUAUGAGAAAAAUAAUGGUGUGAAGCUUCUGCAAUUUUUAAAUCCUGAUCCUUUGAAAGCUGUUGAUGGACAAGAUGAGACUGAGGAGCUUCAAGUGAAUAUAAAUAAAUGCCUUUCCGUUGUUCUUAAUAAAAAAAUCGAACCAUGCUCAUCUCUUGAAACGGCACCAUUGUUUCCAGCUCUUAAAAAGGAGCUUCUAAGGAACCAGUUCCUAGGUCCUAACCAUAUACAGUCUUAUUCCUGGCCACCAAUAGCUCGUGGAUGUGAUUCGGUUAUUAUCUCUCCUGAAAGUGAUCCACUUCUAUAUCUUCUGCCAGUUAUUACAUUCUUGCAGUCAAGAAGUUGUUACAUAUCACUGCCAGCUAGGAGUGGUCCUAUAGCAAUAAUUAUAUGCCAAGGACAGAAGAAAGCAGAACUGGUGUUUGAGUUUGUGGAAAUUUACAGCCGUUGUUCCAGGCCUCUUCACCCAAUAAUGCUCUUACUGGGAAUGAAUAAGGAAGAAAUCAAGAGUGUGAGAAUACCAAGAGGAUGUGAGGUCCUUAUAACAACUCCAUAUAGCCUUUUACGGUUGCUUGAAUGUCACAGCUUACUGUUCCUUAGACUAUGUCAUCUUGUGUUCGAUGAAGUUGAUGUACUUUUUUCUGAAGCCAGCGUACAAAUAUUUAAUAUUUUAGAAUAUUAUAAAACAAACUUGAAUGUUGAAGAGAAGGAAUCUGCACCUCAGCAGAUUGUUGCUGUUGGAAGGCACUGGAACAAAAACAUAGAAUAUUUAACCAAAGACUUCAUGAAUGAUCCGUAUGUUGUGAUCACAUCCAUGGAAGAAGCUGCCAUAUAUGGGGAAGUGCAGCAGGUGGUACAGCUCUGCCCAGAGUGUGACCGAAUCUCUGCUUUACUUCAAACAUUGGAUUUUACUCCUACUAAUGCUCAGAAGACAUUGAUUUUCACCAAUUCUAUAGAAGAAACGGAUAUAGUUUACAAGGCAGUGGCGAGCACUUCAGUAUUUUGUUUGAAAAUACACCCAGAAAUUGGAUUUCAUUUUGAUUAUGUUGUGGAACAAUGGAACAAAAGAUUUAGCUCUGGCACGCAUAUUGUACUGGUUUUAACUGAUGAUUGCAUAUCAGCCUUAGGAAUUACAGAUGCAACACGUGUUGUUCAUUUCAGUUUUCCUGCAUCUCCAAGAAUCUUUGGUGCACGUUUAUACAGCUUGUCUGCUCAUUUCCAAAACUCAAUCAAAAAGAUUUCAUCUCUGGAAAAAGAGCAACCAAAGGCACAAUCUGUUUUGCUGUUGACAGAAAAGAGUGCAUGCCAUGCUGUUGGAGUACUACAUUAUUUAAAACGUGCAGAAGCCAACAUUCCAUCAGAAUUAUGUGACUUUACAUCUGGAGUGCUGGCUGCCAAAGAAGACAGUAAGAGAGGAAGGCCUCUCUGUCGCUACCUUAAAACAUAUGGGGUUUGCAAGGAUGAAAAACACUGUCCAGAUCGACAUCGAGUUAGUUUACUAAUAGAUUUGCCACGAAAAGUGACAGAUGAAACUUUGCCUGCAACAGGAAAUGUAACAAUACUACCUCUUUUUAUUGUGGAUGCCAUAAACUACAUUGGCCGCAUCGUAGGUAAACAGAAGGAUUCAUAUAUAGCUCUUGCAGAAGAGAUGAAUGAGUAUUACAAAAAAGCUGGCAAUCACAUCUCUGUUGACACAGUAGAGAAGCUAGCAAUGUAUGGAUUACAUGAAGAAAACUCUUUUCACAGGGUUCAGGUGUUGGAAGUGGCACCAAAGGAAGGCAACUGUGUGUUUUAUAGUAUUCAUAUCAAGUUUAUAGACGAAGGCAGAUUUGGUCAAGUUCAAAAUUAUAACUUGCUUAACUUACCCGAACAGUUCCAAACUUUGCCCCCUCAAGCAGUGGAAUUUAUUGUUUGUAGAGUUAAACCUAUUGAUAAUGAAGUAGAGUGGAAUCCAAAAGUUACAAGAUACAUUAAUCACAAGAUCAAAGGAAAACUGCAUGAAGCAAAAAUAGUACUUGCUUUGGGAAACACAAUUUGGGUGGAUCCAGUGGUUUGUGUCACCAGACUUCUAGAUCUGAAAACUUCUAUCUAUGAAUAUAAUAUUCGUUCUGAGAUCCUGUCUACAGGAAUGGGAAUUGACAACCCAGAACACACAAAUGAACUUCAGAGAUUAUUUAGAAAUGCUGAAAUAGCUCAUGAAAAAAAGGACUUGCCUGCAUUAAUACAUCCUCUUAAGUGUAGAACAAGUGAGCAGACUACAUCUCCUUCACAGAGCAUCUUGGAUCAGGCUACUCUCGAUUCUGAGGCCACUGAGGAACAAGUCACAUCCAGUGCACAGGAUGCACAAGAGAGUGACCCCCUUACCAAAGAUAGCUAUUCUCCAGCAACUUUGCAAAAUCAUUGUGAUGAAAUGGCUGCAACUAAGAAAGCAGAUGAACCUCUACAGCCUUCUCAUGAAUGUCCUAUUACAGCAGUUAACCAGAUGCUUCUGAAAAGCUCACAAGCAGGAUAUGAUGGAGAGAGCCGUUCCCAGUUUGCCGCACCGCCUGAUCAUCGGAGCUUCUUUCCAACAAUAAAAUGGUUUGAAAAGCAGAACGUUGUUGUCAUGAAGAUAAAAUUACGAAAUAUUAUCAGCUAUGACUGCAGUUUUUUUACCCAGAGGAUCAUUUUCAGUGCUUCUGUAGAAGGCAAAUUUUAUUUGGCUGAUAUGGAGCUGCAGGAAAAUAUAAUCAAAGAAAAAUCAACUUGUGUACUUAAGAAUGAUGAGCCUGUGAUUAUCCUUGCAAAAGAGAAGGAGGAACCUUGGUGCAGCUUGCUGAAACACAAAAAUCCGCAUGUGUCUUUUGAUUUUGAUUACUUGGACGAUUCUGAAGAGAAAAGUCCCUUUCCUGUUGGCACAGGUCCUAAGAAAGUGCACCAGGUUGCCACAGUGGUAUGUGAGGAAGAAGAGGAAUCCUCUAAUGACAGUGAUACCGAGAGUGAUUUGUCUGCCUAUUAAUUCUGGUUUGGAAAUGGGGAUUACGAUUCAGUUUUUCACACGAGAACCCACAGUUUAAACAUUCUCGCAGGCUCCAGCAGCAUGGAUGGCAUUUCUGUAAUGAAAGGAUUUUAGCUUUUUAAACAUCAGGAUAAAUUGUACAUUUUGACCAUGAUUUUGAAAAUGGAGGGAAGGAAGUUUGCUCUUAGACUUAACUGCCAUAGGUAAUGGUUGUAUGUACAAAUUAUUUUAGUGAAAUUUAAUUCAAAGUAAAUAUGGAAUUCGGAAUAGAAGAGUUGUGGUGACAUUUUUGCAGGUUACACAUGUGCUAAUCUAACAGUAAAACCUGUGAAGGGAUGCUAUGGUGAAAAUCCCUUCUUUUUGUGGUUGUUCUUGGAUCCUGUUUCACAAAGAGCACAGCUUUUGGCCUUUAAAAAAAGCCCACAGAUUUUUAAGCCUCAUACAGGUAUUCAGACAAAAGCAGUUAAGAGCAGAAACAGUCUGUGGAGCAACAUUCCACUACUUAAAUGUAGCUUAGAUAUCUUGGUCAGUGCAAUCACCAAAACAUCUUCCCUGAUUAAUGUUAUGUUUGAAUCUUCUCUUUUAGAAUUGUUCCUAUUUUUAUAAUGCCAUUGUAAAGCAUAGUAAGUGAUAAAUACAAAGGCCAUUCUAAAAAAUGAUGUUGUCAGAAUGAAACCGUUUUGGCAGUGGAGAAAUAACGUGCUUCUGUGAAAUGAAUUUUGGAUUUAGGUUACAGAUGGAAUAUGUUGCAGGAAGAAGCGUUUACCUGGAAAAGUAAAUUGUGAAAGUUCAGUGUGUUCUUAUUUCGAUGAGGUUUCUGUACAGUAGACUGGAAAACAGAUAAUGGGUUUCAAAAUGGGUAGCCAUUAAGCCAAUUUAAUAGCUAUCCCUUGUAACACUGGUACUUAAUAUGGUACACUUAUUCUUUGUUAGAUCGUAAGGUGUUAAACUAUAAGAUGCUUGUUAAUGAGAGCAAUCUGUACAAAAAACGUUUUGUUUUCAGAGUGUGAGAACUAAUUGGAAAGUUAAAAUAGCUGAUUUGUUUAAGAAACAUGUUAAUUUGAAAAAGGUUUCAAGUACUUUGUUCAUUUUCUCGUUUUCAGGUUUAUGUGUUUGGUGUGGAAUUGUAAUGCAUCAGUGUGUUGGUCCAAACAUUAAUUUUUCCCAAUCUAACAAGAAGGAUAAUAAAACAAAAACAAUACCAUAAUAAUAAUAAUAAUAAAAUAAUAAUACAUCUCCCUGAAACACCAAUAUUGAAAGCUCUUAAGCAAUUAUAGACACAACUUGUGCAGAGCAUUCUUAUAUUGCAUAUGACUGUGUUGGCAUAAAAAGAUGGGGGUGUAUGUUUGGACACUUAAAAAUAUGGCCUUGGAAUUGAAGUGUGUGUCUGCUUUAUCUCCAUAUCUGGAAUUCUUCAUCUGCCCUCAAUUCUGAAGAGUAACAAUGCCAGCCAGAAGCUCACAGUUGACAGUAAAGCCUGAUGCUGUGAGGGGCUGACAUAAUAACCACUUAAUCAGAAGAACUAAAAAUUAUAAUAAAGUACUUCUACAGCAUAUAGAAGCUUCUGGUUGUCCUGUUGGGUAUGUAGACAUAACUUAAUAUGAUAGUCCCUUUGAUAUAUUUUUGAUAUUUUUGACAAAAGAGCUGCCCUGUUGAAAUAAAAAAGAGCAUUGGAUAAAUAGUGACUUCUAUGCAGCUGAUGUGUAAAGAGCAGUGCAUCCUUUGGCAACUUAAAGACCAAAAAAUCCACUAAUAUACUAGCACUGUCAAGGAAGGUUGCAAUUAACAGGAAUUCAGAAAGGAAAUAGCUGACAUCUUGUAUAAAAACUUGACCGAUAAAUCAACUAAAGUAGCAGAGGGGGGGGAAGUACUACAAGAUGCUGUAGUCUGUGACUAUGUAACUUCCCAAACUGACCCCGACAAGUAGCAUUCUGUAAGAGAAUUGGCAUAAUCUCUCUGUGAGCUACAGGUGUGCUGAUUUGGCACAUUCUCUAGUGCCUGCAUCUUAAUUUCUAAAUGCUCCUAGUUCUCCAGUUAAAUAUUCGCACUCUACAUUGUCAAAUGUGUGACAGUGCAGCUAGACUGCAGUAUAUUCUAUAAAAUGUAGAUGUCAGCAAUAAUUGAGCUUCCCUUGUGCCACAUGACUGACCCACGCAAAAGUAUAACCCCACACACCUGCAGGAGCAAAUAGCUUUUGUUUCCUCAUAGUAAAAAUAGGAAAAACUCCCAAUUGUUUAAAUAGCUAUUACAAACAGCAUUUUACAUUUUAUUCACUAUAGUAUAACACUUGGACUUAUUGAUAUAACAGCUACUAAAGGGUUUAUCACGUCUACUUAGUUCAAUGGGGCUUACUCCCAGGUAAGUAAAUAUAGGAUUGCAGCCUUAUGUGGGAGCUGUACUCAGUGGGACUUGCAUCCAAGUAAAUGUGCAUAGGGCUGCACUCUUUUCCCAACAAUUGUUUGGAAUUCAUUUGAAUUAAAAUCAAUGUUGCAGGUCAAAGAAAUUGCAGGGAAGGCUAUUUUUGCUCAAAAUCCCUUCUAUAGAUAAAGCAGCAUGUGAGUGGAGAAGCAGUUUGUGGGAUUGGUGGGAUCAGAAGGGGAAAUAGGCCCCUCCUGCCACUGUUUAUCCUGCCAUUCCUCCUUUCAAAUGUGCAAUCCCCUGGUUUUUAUUUAAACGUUUAAGACACUGGUCCCCUCUAUCUGCCUUGUAGAAUUUUGUUUGCUUUUUAGCACAGCACAUUUGGCAUUGCAGUUCCACGGUUUCUUAUAAUCCUGUUACAGUGUAUACUAAUGAAAAGCAUAAUACAACGACUGGUGAUUGUUUAAGUGCUUGGCUUUUCAUAUGACAUGUUAUGGAAAAGGUGAUUUAUGCCUUUUAAUAAAAAGUAAUA